AUGGAUAACAAUAACCGAUUUCCCCUAUCUCCAACAAUACACUCGCCAGAAGAUAGCAAAGAACCACAAAAGGAAAGGCGAAAACUAUCGUUCGUCUCCCAAGCCGAAGAAAUGGUAUCAGAUCUGCAACCUCACGCUCAUGAAAUAGCUAUCGAAAGAGAUCAAAUUAAUAGUUUCGAAUUUAAUGGACGAAACUAUACCAAAGUUGGCAGAGAAAAUGCCAGCGAAGACAACCAAUAUCUCAGUGACCACACAUCCGACUGCCUUUCUGAAAACGACGAUGUCUUCUCUGGAAGCGAAAAAAAGAAUUCUAGUAAAUUCACUUCCAGUAAUACAUCGAUUCGUCGUCAGCAUAGAGAAAAUGAUAAACUAGACUCGGAUCCAAACAAAUCCGCAAACUUAGACAAUGACUGGUCUACGCCAUCAUCAAGUUUAACAGUGAAUAGGAAUAUCCCAAUAAUUUUGACCGGCGCUGAGACCAAUAGCAAUGAUUUGAAUACUACCCAGCUCGUGCAAGAACCAGAGGAAUAUCAGAGUGAAGGCACAAACCAAGAAAUAGCUAGAAAUGGGCAAAAGCGUUCGUGGAGCUUACAAUCCCCAGUUUCCGGAGAGGAUUUACCAAGUAAUGAUACCUUUCUCAUAUUCGCAAAAGCUUGUGUAGACCAUCAAAUGCUGGUUCGCGUAACUUCUCUCACCUUUGACCCACCACGACCAGUCAGUUCCAAUCACAAAAUAAAAACUUCGCUCCGUCUUACUAGCCACUCGGUGACUCAUAAUGCACCCCCAGCUGCAGUUUCAGAUGAGCAUUUCCAGAAGACAUUUUCAUUUCCAAUGGAUUAUCAUUCAUUGGUUUUUGAUACAUUGAAAGUAGAUGUGUAUGAGCACAGCUCGUUUAUGAAUAACAAGAAAAGAAUUGGUCGAGCGUUUGUCAGGCUAAGCGAUCUGAUUGAUGCUGGUGGACAGAUCGAGUAUGAAGGCGACUUCCCGUUAGAGUCUUCUAUUCUCGCACCGACAACCUAUAUCGGUUCAAUAGGGUUAAAACUUAGAUUCCAUUUUCCACGCGACGUCCUGUCAUCAACUUCGACAUCUCAUGCGAAAUCGACGCCAGUCGGCCUCGAGUCAAGUACAUCCGACUUGUUAAUGUCACCUCACUCAUCUGGCUCGGAUACGUUGAUAGGUUCGGAAACCAGUCCCAUCGCUGACGCGACGUCGAGAUCUGUGGCCGAUGAAUUGACAAGGGUGGAUGAGAAUGAAUUCGCAAGUGUGGUUCGCUUACCGAAGAAAAAAGGAAGUUUGGGAAUAUUGGAUCUUGUCCUCAAUCAAGAGACACGAGAUGCGAUUAAGGAGAUCACGGUGUUAUAUCAUACCUUUUUUGACCAUGGCUGGAGAUUGAGUAAGCUCGAAUUUUUGAAAGCUUACAUGUUUUUGGAAAAGUAUUAUGCACAAAAGGAGAGUUCGUUAACUGGUCAAGAUGUGCGCGAUAUCCAAAAACUCCAAACUGCGCAAAAGUUUCUCAAAUAUUCAAUGGCAUCUUACGGUUCUUUCUUGUUCAACUGGUUUGGGUAUGCACCCGAGAAAGCUCCAUUGAAUGCGUUUAGAAUGAACUCGGACAAGAAGAAUGUGCUUGAGUUUUUUAAACUUAACAAGACUGAUGUCAUUUGUUGGGAGUAUGGAAAGAGUUCGGUGUCGAAACCAAGUUAUAUGAUUGUCAGGGAUCCAGAGACGAAUCAUAUAUUGAUUUCAAUCAGAGGGACGAUGAAUGUAACCGAUAUUAUAACCGAUGCCCUAGCGCAUUACGAGCCCUGGAACGGUGGGUUUGUCCACCGCGGCGUUCUUCGUAGUGCCAAUUAUUUGGUCGAUCACUCUCUUCCAGCCAUACGGUCAGCUGUCUCACGGUAUGAUGCGCCUGCUAUCCAGGUUAUGGGUCACUCUCUAGGCGCCGCAAUUGGAUCAAUCGUUACUAUGAUUCUUCGCGAUAAGUGUCGAGAUUUAUUAGAGUUGGGAAUAGGUAUCCAUGCCUGGAAUUUUGCUCCUGCUCCAUGCUGUUCUUUAGAUCUGGCUAAGAAAGCAGAAGAGGGGAAGUUCAUUGAUAGCUUUGUGAACGAAAAUGACGUCAUACCAAGAUUGAGUUAUGGAAAUUUAAUGGAUUUUAAGGAAUUGGUAAAGAUGGCAGCUAGUGAGUUAAAGAAUGAUGCUUAUAAAAAUGCAACGAAACAAAAACUCACAGCUCUCAUAUCCUCUGUUGAUGCAUAUCACACCAAUCUAAAAGCGACAUCGUCAUCACGAAAACUCUACAUUCCAGGGACAAUAUAUUACCUCCACAAAGGAGAGCGCAUUACUCAAACCGAUGGCAACCGUGUUUACUGCAUCAAAGACGUCAUGUGUGAAACAUCAUCUCCUGAACAUUUCAUGGAUAUCACGUUGAAAAAGAAUUGGUUGUUUCAUCAUUUUCCGGAUAGGUAUGAUAAAAAGUUUACUCGCGUCAUUAAAUCAUUAAUAAGAGAGAGCUUAGGACAAGAGGCAAAGGGUUUUUGGAAGAAGAUUAAGAAAAGAGGAGAAGAGGACGAAAGCGUUAACGUUGGAGAGGAAGGAGGGAGGAGAAUGGAGAGAUGGAUGAAGGCAUAUCAAACUAUAACUGGCCCGCCGGAGAAGCAGAGAAGUAGCCCACAUCACGAAUAUCCGGAAUAUUAUAGUGAUGUGAUGCAGAUUAGAGCUGCGGGAGAGGAAGAUAACGAAGUGCUGGACGUCGAUAACAAGAGAAAUGUUUGGGAUUCUGUCAAUAAUGUCGACGAAGAAGAACCUCCGCCGCCAUAUGAUAAUUCCUGGAGAAUGCCUUCCCCCUCAACUCAAAAUCUACCGUCUACAAUCGACGCCUCUUCUCCAUCAAGAGUUCAGUUCAAUACUCCCCAACCACAAUCCCGACGUCGACAAAUUCGCCGUGGGAGCCGCCGCCCUCUUCGACGAAAAUCAUCUUCUCAAGACCUUCGUGAUAACACGACUAAAUUUGACGACGAAGAUGAUCUAUUCUCAAAAUUCAGUGGCAAGCUCGCAGACAUGGUUGCAGAAGGUAGAGCAGCAUUGACUAGUACGGUUGAUGUGACAGAAGUAGAAAUGAUGAUGGCCGAAGAACGAGAACGAGGAGAGAAGAUAAUGCGAGAUUUGGGAAUACAGACAUCGGUAUCAUCUCGGAGACGAGGGACAGGCAGUUCAAGCAGUGACGUUGAUUACUUCGCAGCCUCGCAGGUCGAUAAUACAUCAGAGUAUAGCUACUCCUCGCUUACGUCUUCACCGGCAUCAUACACAUCCAGCGGGUUUUCUGGAUUGAAUAGUAGUUCGCCGGCAUCUGCGUACUCUGCAUAUUCAAAUUCUUAUUCGUCUUCACCGAGCAAGUUUGAUCGAAUAGCAGGAAGCAGCUUGGGAAACCGUUCAUAUGCGAGCAGUACUGGAGCUUAUUGA